AUUAAGAUGUUACUUCAAAAUUCUAAUCACUGUAAGUAUGUUUGGGCAUACUCCAUUAUCUGGUAUUCUAUUAUUAUUUUGUAGAUAUUAUGGCUGCAAUGAUUGCAUGAACCAUAAGCUUGAACAUUCCAAUCAAUACAGAGUAAGAAGUAUCUUCCUAAACAGAAAAAAAAAAAGAGUAGUUUUCAGACAAAGGAAAUAAAAUUUAGUAUGCAUACCAUUUAUGUUUUCCAUGAUAACAUAACAUCAUGACAGAGGAUCUUUGAUAUUUUAUAGAUGUAGACUAUUUUAAGGUGAGGAUUGUACACAGUUACCAGUCAAAUUCUUUUCCACGGCAAGUCAGUUACAAAAGUAAGCAAGGUUUGCAUAUUUAGCCAUGAAGCACGCAUAUACAAAGAUUGGAAUAAGGCUUAUGGUAUGCCAGUAAUUUGGUGGAAUCAAUGAAAUUUGUUUCUAUCUCAGCAGUAUUUUUGAGCUAGCAGGUAGUUUCACUCUGAGUCUCUAAUACCUUAAUAUUACUUUGCAUAAUUGAAAGCAUGAUUGGAAUGUUGAAUAAGCUUCUUGAAGUUAAAAAGCACUAAGACUUUUUUUUGUUUGAAUAAUGUCUGAAUUUCAUUAUGUCAUGGGAUUUUUUGCGUUUGUUGGAACAGUAAUAUAUGCUUGCCUUCAGAUUGUGAUCACUGGCCUUGAUGUAGCUCUGAUAGAUAAAGCUGGCAGGAAACCCCUAUUACUGGUUAAUUCAAAGCAGAGAACAACUCUCCUUCAAAUUUUAGAUACACACCUUCACGCUGGAUCCAAGCGCUCUAUCUUUCAUAGUGACAUAAAACCUAGUAACAUUCUUUUGGAUAGCAAUAUGGUGCCUAAGCCCUCAGACUUUGGGCUUUCAUUGCAGGGACCACUAUCUACUUCCAAGCUAAAACCAAUUGAAGUAGACUAUGUUGCAGUCUCACUUGUAGGUACAUUUAGAUACGUAGCCCCUGAGUGUCAGCUAUUACAAGGAGGUUAUUAGAGCGUCAAGUAGUUUCACUGCUAUUCCACUACUAUCGCCAUUGUUGUCACCUUCAAUUUCUUUAUAUGAGGACUAUGAUGAUGAUGGGGAUGAAGAUGACACUGAGGAUUAUAGCUGAUAAAUUUAGUAUGGUUGAACAAUACACUGAUUUUAUAUUUUGAAUUAUAGUUGAUGUAUUAGUACACUUUGUUGA